UAUUCUUGAAAAGACAUUUGAUAUAGUCAAUGCUGCGGCCGGGAAUGUAUUAGCUAGCUAGAGCUAGCUGGCUAUCACAACAGCCACUACCUUUAGCUAACUACCAAAGCAACUCAAUUUCUAGCACUUUGACUCUAAAAUGAAAUUCUCCCAGUGUUUAUUUUAUAUUGAUUGAUGUUGGUAAAUAUAAUUCAUUUACUUUAGAAUGAUUUGUUGAGACUGUCAUCAACGAUUUGUGAGAUCGCAGUUGGAAAACAGGGCCUGUUUACUGUAAUUUGCUGCAGAGCUGUCAUUUGUGGUGGACAGAUCUGCAUCUGAAAACAUUUAACAGAUAUGGAAGAUCAGAGGGACAACUGUCCUCAUCUGGAUUCCAUAGGAGAGGUCACUAAGGAGGAACUUCUGCAAAAAUCCAAGGGAACAUGCCAGUCAUGUGGAGCUGGAGGUCCCAACCUCUGGGCCUGUCUGCAGAGUGACUGCCCAUAUGUUGGGUGUGGAGAGUCGUUUUCAGAUCACAGCACAUUACAUGCACACGCAAAGAAGCAUAACCUCACUGUGAACCUGACCACAUUCAGGAUAUGGUGUUACAUGUGUGAGCGGGAAGUCUUUUUGGACCAGAGACCUGUGGCACAGGCGUCCUUCACCCACCACCACCGCAAAACCUCUGAGCAGGAUACAGUGCAUCACAAUGUAGGACACAAUUUGAAGGCAGUGCCUAUCGCGGUGGCAGAGGAGGAGGGGUCCGAGUCAGAGGAGGAUGAGCUCAAACCCAGAGGCUUGACGGGAAUGAAGAAUAUCGGGAACUCUUGUUACAUGAACGCAGCCCUUCAAGCCCUGUCCAACUGUCCUCCUCUUACUCAGUUCUUCCUGGACUGCAGUGGGCUGGUGAGGACAGAUAAGAAGCCGGCUCUGUGUAAGAGCUAUCAGAAGCUCAUAUCUGAACUCUGGCACAAGAAACGGCCCAGUUAUGUUGUGCCCACGACUCUCUCCCAUGGUAUCAAACUGGUCAACCCCAUGUUCCGAGGCUACGCCCAGCAGGACACCCAAGAAUUCCUUCGCUGUCUGAUGGACCAGCUGCACGAGGAGCUUAAGGAGCCUCUAACUGAGGGUGGGGGGGUGGGAGGGGGGAUGGGCUUGGGUGAGGGGGGUGACGUGGACGAGCACCGGGAUGGUGACCGCUCCCCCUCAGAGGACGAGUUCCUGUCCUGCGACUCAGGCUCCAGCAGCGACCGGGGAGAGGGCGGGGGUUUGGGGGACGCAGAGAUGCUCAUCCAGGACGAGGGUGUUGGACCAAGGCCUGGGGUGGGGGGUGGCGGGGGGCCAGCCGGGGUAAUCUCGGAGAAGGAGAGGCUAAAGGAGAGGAGGGUGUCCGGCUCACCACUCCAUGGGGGGUCCCAGGAGAUGGACGAGGACGCAGACGUUGACACAGCGGCAGAGGACAGGACUUCUGAAAGGGGGGACAAGGAGGAGGAAGAGGAGGAAGCGGGGGUGACCCCCCCCAGCCCCCGGACCCCGGCCCCAAGUCUGGAACCAACGCAGGCUGAGAUACAAGGAGAAGGACAGAGUAACAGUAUUCCAGAGCCAGACAAUGAAGCAUCAAUGUCCCACGCCCAGUCUCGCCCCUGCAGCCCUGUUCGCGCCGUUCAGGAGCUCCACCCCAAACUUUCUUCCAGCCCCCCACGGUCCAGCCCCCUCCGCUCUGCCCCCCCAGCCUACUCCUUCAAGAAAGCUCAGCUCCUGCUGGGGGCUAAGAAGAAGAAGCAGUCUCGUUACCGCAGCGUCAUCUCUGACAUCUUUGACGGCUCCAUCCUCAGUCUGGUCCAGUGUCUCACCUGUGACAGGGUAUCUACAACAGUGGAGACCUUCCAGGACCUCUCCCUUCCUAUCCCAGGAAAGGAGGAUCUGGCAAAGCUCCACUCCUCCAUCCACCAGAACCUACCCGCCAAGACCGGCGUCUGUCCAGACACUUAUGGCUCCCAGGGCUGGAUCUCCUACAUCAUGGACUCCAUACGGAGAUUUGUUGUUUCCUGCAUCCCCAGCUGGUUCUGGGGUCCCAUGGUAACUCUGGAAGACUGUCUCGCUGCCUUCUUUGCUGCUGAUGAACUCAAAGCCUGGUUGAAAACCACAGUAACGCGCAAUGAGUGCAGGGGCAGAGUGCACGCAGGUAGACAGACAGGGGACAACAUGUACAGCUGUGAAAGAUGUAAAAAGUUGAGAAAUGGUGUUAAAUAUUGCAAAGUGCUUCGUCUACCAGAGAUUCUGUGCAUUCACCUGAAGCGCUUUCGCCACGAGGUCAUGUACUCCUUCAAAAUCAACAGCCACGUCUCUUUCCCCUUGGAGGGCCUUGACCUCCGACCUUUCCUGGCCAAGGAGAGCCCCUCCCAGAUCACCACCUAUGACCUGCUGUCCGUUAUCUGUCACCAUGGAACUGCAGGAAGUGGCCACUACAUAGCCUACUGUCAGAAUGUGAUUAACGGCCAGUGGUAUGAGUUUGAUGACCAGUACGUGACCGAGGUCCAUGAGAUGGUGGUGCAGAACGCUGAAGCAUAUGUCUUAUUCUACAGGAAGAGCAAUGAGGACUCUGUGCGAGAGCGUCAGAAAGUAGUGGCUCUGGCCAACAUGAAGGAACCCAGCCUGUUACAGUUUUACAUCUCCAGAGAAUGGCUCAACAAGUUCAACACUUUCACAGAACCUGGCCCUAUUGGCAACCACACCUUCCUCUGUCAGCACGGAGGGAUUCCUCCUACUAAGUACCACUACAUAGAUGACCUGGUGGUGAUCCUACCCCAGAACGUCUGGGAGUACCUCUACAACAGUUUUGGAGGAGGCCCAGCAGUGAACCACCUGUACGUGUGUGCCAUCUGCCAGGUUGAGAUUGAAGCCCUGGCCAAGCGCAGGAAGGUGGAGAUUGACACCUUUAUCAAGCUAAACAAGGAGUUCCAGGCAGAGGAAGCACCUACCGUCAUCCUCUGCAUCAGCAUGCAGUGGUUCCGGGAGUGGGAGAGCUUUGUCAAGGGCAAAGACAAUGAGCCUCCAGGGCCGAUUGACAACAGUAAGAUCGGUGUGAUGAAAGGAGGACACAUUCAACUCAAACAAGGGGCCGAUUAUGGCCAGAUCUCAGAGGAGACCUGGCUGUACCUCCUGGGGAUCUAUGGUGGAGGGCCAGAGAUAGCAGUGAGACAGACCGUGGCCCCGGCCAACACAGAGAGCUUGUAUGGGGAAAGGAAGAUUGAGGCUGAGACCAGGGCGCUAUGAGAGAGGAACCUUGGAUGAAUGUGCAUGAAAGAAGAAGCCUUGUUGGGAGCGCCAUGUUUAAAAUGUAGCGUCUCUUUAUCGUCCCCUGUGAAAGACAUAGUGGUACUCGAAUACUUCCUAUCAUAACUGUAGUGGAGUGUGCUAUUUAUUGAACCAAUCUUAAGAUGUUUAAAUGGAAACAAAGAACAUGUCAUUCCUCCUCUGUGGGGCAUUGUGGGUAGCUGUGGUGUGUUAAAAUGGCCACUGUAUUUGCUAGCUAGUGUGUGUGAAUUGUUAAGCUUACCUGGUCUUGCUGGCACCGGACCAGAUUGACUGAUGUCACAACCCCUGUAGCCUCCACUACCAGGUUCCAAAUAUCUACCUGGUUUGGAAUACUCCAGGUUUUCUGUCACAAUCUGAAUGCUACCAGGUUGUGACUCUAUUUUACGGUGAAUAUCACCAAAUCUGGGAGUGGCGAUAUCAGUCUCCUGCACCAGGCUGAGGGAUGAGAGGGACAUGUGUUAACUGCUGCUUGAUGACUGUGCCACAUAAAUAACUCACAGCUGAAUAACUCUAACGUCAGCAGCACUCUGCACCAUUUUAGCACUUUUUCCUUUUUGUUCCUGAGACAACCAUAGUGAAUUGAUUGUUGUACAUAUUUAUGAACUGGUUAUGACCAGUCUUUACUUAUUAUGAUUUGUGCAGAGUUUGCAGGGUUUGAGUCACUCAGGACCUGGAUUACCACAGUUGUAUGUAGAUAGUCAAUCUGUUUUAAAGAGUUAAUUUAUUGAAAAACGAAUAAAUGGAUCGUUUUAAUGUGAUCCGAGGUGUCCUAAUGUAAGUUUACAUGUAUAUAAAAGUGUUCUAUAAGUUAUUUAUUUAAUGUUUAGAGACACAGGAGACAUUGGUAGAUGUAGCCUUGCCAUCACAGAAGACUACAUAACCCACAAUGCACCUUUAUCACAGAUGACUCACUAGCCUGCACCGUCCAGUGGGGUUUCUCUUCUGCGAGAGAAUAGAAGACAACUCCACCCUCACAAUUUCUGUUAACGUACCCUUCAAUCCCAUCCAAUUAUGGAUAUAUGCAUAUGCACAAUUGGAUUGGAUGGCACUCGUUGAAAUAGGUUUGAUGUUAUUAGAAUCAAUAAACAAUCAAAACGACUUUGAGGACGAGGACUAGUAGGAACAUGAACAUGGAACUGCCAGGCAGAGUGAUUACAUUUUGAUUCUUCCCUUCAGCCUUGUGAAACACAGGAGUCUCAGUAUUCUAGAUUACCAUGAAAGGGUGAGUUGACAGAAUGUGUUUCAACCAGUCUUUACAACAGAGUUGACCUCAGAAAACAUUUCGGGCUACAUUAGCUGACCAAUUUACCCAAAAUACCCAGAUGAUAUCCAAGUGUACAUUUAAAGAUAAUCUUCCUAUUUUAGGAUCCCUUGUCUGCAAUUCAUUGCUGUCAAGUUUGGAGACUAUUGAAGUGACCCAUCCCUUUGUUGUGUAAAAAAUACAGUGGAUUACACUAUUAA